ACAUUUCUGAGUGCGGAUCCAUUACACAGACGAUGGCUGAAUGGCACAGGUCUUCUCUGUUUUUAGAAGGGACGGGGCACAGGGAAACAACUAGUGUUUACAGCUCUGUGCUAAGGAAGGAUUGAAAUUACCUUGUGCCAGGAGCAGCAGCACUGGGGAGCAGACUGCUACGUCCUGACUCGGAUUCGACUCCAGCCCCGACCCGGCGAACCGCGGAGAUGGCGAAGUAUACAAGAGGCACCGUGACAGCAUUCUCUCCUUUUGAUGCCAGAGCUGAUGCAGAAGCCCUUCGCAAGGCCAUGAAGGGAAUGGGGACUGAUGAAGAGACAAUUCUGAAGAUCCUUACCAGCAGAAAUAAUGCUCAACGUCAAGAAAUUGCAUCUGCUUUUAAAACACUGUUUGGCAGGGAUCUUGUGGAUGACCUGAAAUCAGAACUUACUGGCAAGUUUGAAACAUUGAUGGUAUCUUUGAUGAGACCAGCACGUAUUUUUGAUGCUCAUGCACUGAAGCAUGCAAUCAAGGGAGCAGGAACCAAUGAGAAAGUGUUGACUGAAAUUCUUGCCUCCAGAACACCUGCUGAAGUGCAGAAUAUUAAACAGGUUUAUAUGCAAGAGUAUGAGGCCAACUUGGAGGAUAAGAUCACAGGAGAGACAUCAGGCCAUUUUCAGAGACUGCUGGUGGUCCUGCUGCAGGCAAAUAGAGAUCCUGAUGGCAGAGUUGACGAGGCUCUUGUUGAGAAGGAUGCUCAGGUCUUGUUUAGAGCUGGGGAGCUAAAAUGGGGAACAGAUGAAGAAACAUUCAUCACCAUCUUGGGAACUCGAAGUGUUUCUCAUUUAAGGAGGGUGUUUGACAAAUACAUGACUAUUUCUGGCUUUCAAAUUGAAGAAACCAUUGACCGUGAAACCUCUGGUGAUUUGGAGAAGUUGCUUUUGGCAGUUGUGAAGUGCAUCCGAAGUGUGCCUGCUUAUUUUGCUGAAACUUUGUAUUAUUCCAUGAAAGGGGCUGGCACUGAUGAUGAUACCCUGAUCAGAGUCAUGGUUUCAAGAAGUGAAAUCGACCUGUUGGAUAUUAGACAUGAAUUCAGAAAGAAUUUUGCGAAAUCGUUGUAUCAGAUGAUUCAGAAAGAUACAUCUGGGGACUACAGGAAGGCACUCCUGCUCCUCUGUGGUGGAGAUGAUGAGUAAUGGUGGCAGCGACGUGAAGGAUUUCUUGUAAUCCAGCUUUGCAGCCCUUCAGUUAGCAUGCCUAGCUAAGAUUUUGCAUCUUAAUGCUUUAUGGCUGUUCGAAUUUAUAUUCAUAUCACACUUAUUAAAAACAAACAUGUUACUACCUAGCUGAUAAACAGUCCCUCCUCCUCAGACGUCCUGACCUCUGGGAAUUUCAAGUGCCUUCUGAGUGUAUGCAAAAGUCUUCUUCAUGGAAGAUGAGUACUGAACACAGAACCCAGUUAUUUGCAAGUGUUUUCUGAAAUGUGGAAAAAAAUAAUCAUGUAUUUCCAUUAAUAAUAUAUUUCCACUAAUAAUUUAAAGACUUUUUUCUUGCUUUUAUUCCUUACAUUUCCACUGAAUCUUAAACUAGUUCUAACACUGCAAAUGAAGCGACGAUAUCCUUUGUAUGUAAUAUUUGAAUGAGUUUGUAGAACAUAAUAUGAGCAGUCAUUGGAAAUCUAAAGAACCAAUAAAUUUUUUCCCUCUUGGCACUGUUGUAUGUGUUUUUCAAUGGGCAAAGAUCCAUUUUCAUUUAAUUCCACUGCUUGAAAGAGUUGGCGUAUUUUUCCUACUAGUUUGCAGGUUUAUAAGUAUAUAUGAUGCUUUCCAGCUGCAAAUCAUGAUUUCCAGCCUAGUAGUAGGCAGUAUAUUGUUGCUGUGGUGAUGAUGCUAUUUGGUAUAGCUGGCAUACCGAACUAUUAAUACCUACUCAGCACUGCAUUCUCAUUUUGUGCUGCUUUCUUUCCCUCCAAAGCUGAGAAAGGAGCAGAGCUGUUAGCAUCAGUGCCAGAGUAAAGCAAUGCACUGCACUUGUAGGACAAGCUGAAGAUUUCAGAGAUAGGCACAGGUGAAGAAGCUGGGAGGAAAGUGGUCCAUACUUCAGGGAUCUUGCGUGAAAAAAGGAUGUUGCAGCACCAUGCUCUCAUCAGGUUAGCAAGGAGCAGAGCAGAGUGCUAAAGAAACACUGGUCUGCUAUAUAAGCUGCCUUAAAACUGCUGCUUUCAUUUACCAUUUAUGAAUGGCUCUGAAAAUUAAAUGGACGUGUGUGAAGAAGGAGACUGUUUAAUGCAUUAUGAAGUCUAAACAUCAUGGUUCUAAACUUAGCUUAUCAGCUAGUCACAUACAACAGCUGUAGAAUCUGCACAUUUUAAUAGUCCCGAUGAAAUUGAUUCUUUGCAGAUUUAGCAUUUAAGCUUCUGUAUUGAAUAAAUGUGAAGUUUGAAGUUUUGGAAAUUAUAAUUGUAAGUUAUCACUAUUAUAUCUUGCUAAUAAGCACUUGGUUAAUCAAGUAAAUUAUGAAGAAUUCUUUUAAGUAAAUAUGUUAACUAAAGCCUAUUCCACUCUAAAACCUUCACUUUCUGUUCUCUUGCAAGCGUACACUCUCACUCACUGUCCCACUCACUCUGUCUCUAUCUUCCCUACUUUUUGGGGGGUCCAAAUUUGAUACUUACAGACUUAAAACCAACACAAAUGAUUUUCUCAUGGGCUGUUAAGUGCUUCUCUCAACCCUUCCUGGAAGGUUUGCUGAAUUUUCCCCCUCACUGUCUCUACAUGAGGAUGGCACGGGGUGUGGUUUGUAUUGAUGAGAUGAUCUUAGAGGUCUUUUCCAACCAUAAGGAUUCUAUGAUUCUAUCUCUACCAUAGCUUAAACUGAUGUAUGGUGCUGCUGCUGUAAUCCUGCCUUGCCCUGUUUGUCAGUCUGCACAUUCCCCUGACCCCGUGGUGAACUGCUGCAGGGCGCUGGAAUCCAGCCACAGAAAUACAGCUGGAUGCAAGUGGUUCAAAAGCAUUUAAAAUUCCACUUUGAAUUGAGAAACAGAGUCUGCAAACUCGAGCUUUCUUGAAGAAGUCAAACUACAUGGAAAAACAGUUACUGAUUUAUGUUUCUAGUAUUUGCUAUGUAACUUCCCUUUAGGAAUACAAGAUAUAGAUUGUUCAAUACGCUGCAACUGUAAGAUAACCUUGAACUACAAUCACCUGAGAAUUAAUUAAUUACUUUAUGUUAGUUGUUCGUAACUGUGUUUGGUUUUUGCCUCUAAAUCAAAACCUUCUGACUUUGAUUCAUGAAAAUUUGUGUUCAGUUUCUGGCGUGGUUAUGAAGUGCUCAGAAGUUGAUAGUUCUAUCAACCUUUCAGUUGAGUCAAGAGCCAACUAUCAUGUGAGUAGCAGAAUCAACCCUCUUACCUAUGGAGUUCUAUUUUAAAGCAAAUUUAAGAAGUCGGAUUUUGUUGUUUACGCCUGAAGAGCCUACGGUCCCUCCUCCUUUAUCUCUUCCCACCACAAAAAGGCUCUUCUCUUUUCAUCACAGUGUCGUACUGUUGCAUAGGAUGUAUUGGACAAUUUUUUGUGUAUAGAAUUUGCUAUCUUAUUCACUUGAUUUUUUUUCUUCCUUUUUUUGGCUGAUGCAUAUAGAAAUAAUAUUUUUCUUCAUGAUAAAUGCUUGGUAAAAUAAA